UGUGUCUGUGUGUGUGUGUGUCUGUGUGUGUGUGUGUGUGUGUGUGUGUCUGUGUGUGUGUGUGUGCGUGCGUGUGUAGGGGAGGCUGGAGCGGGGUGGGACCGAGGAGCCGUGAUUACAGCUCUCCCCGGAGAAGAAGAUUGCUCUCUCCAGAUGCUGAUUUCUGAAGCACUUGGCAAUCAUCAGGCGGGAGCCGGGAAGAGGCGGCGGUAGCCGCCCCGGCCGUGGCGAUGGCAGCGCCGGGCGAGCGGGCGGCGGCGGCUCGGGGCUGAGGGGCAGCCCCGGGAGGCGACGCUGCCUGGCGGACCCGACCCGACCCGAUCGACCCGACCCUACCGGAGCCGACCGGGCGCGGCUCUGCCCCGGGUCCCGCUCGCUCCGGCAGAAACCCGCCCGAGCAGGUGUCCCUGCGCCGGGACACGGCGGGGGGGACGGCGGGGCACCCAUGCGGUGACCCUUGGCGGCGGCAGCUCCCGCCGGCCGCACGGCGCGGGUGCCCCUCCGCAGCCGCGCCUCGGGCCGGAGGACGCUCCCGCUCGCCCUCGCCCCCGGGCAUGGGUUCCCGCCGGGGCUGAGCACCUCGCCGCCUCCCUCCUCCCUGCCCGGCGUGGGCGAGCCGGCGAGCAGCCAUGGCAGCGGCCAUCGCCAGCGGCUUGAUCCGCCAGAAGCGGCAGGCGAGGGAGCAGCACUGGGACCGGCCCUCGGCCAGCAGGAGGCGGAACAGCCCCAACAAGAACCGCGGGCUCUGCAAUGGCAACCUGGUGGACAUCUUCUCCAAGGUCCGCAUCUUCGGGCUCAAGAAGCGGCGGUUGCGGCGCCAAGAUCCCCAGCUCAAGGGUAUAGUGACCAGGUUAUAUUGCAGGCAAGGCUACUACUUGCAAAUGCACCCCGAUGGAAGUCUCGAUGGAACCAAGGAUGACAGCAGUAAUUCUACUUUAUUCAACCUUAUACCAGUGGGACUUCGAGUUGUCGCUAUCCAGGGUGUAAAGACUGGGUUGUAUAUAGCCCUAAAUGGAGAAGGUUUCCUCUACACAUCAGAACUUUUUACACCAGAGUGCAAAUUCAAGGAGUCUGUUUUUGAAAAUUAUUAUGUAAUCUACUCAUCCAUGCUCUACAGACAACAGGAGUCCGGAAGGGCCUGGUUCUUGGGGCUGAACAAAGAAGGGCAGGUCAUGAAAGGAAACAGAGUGAAGAAAACAAAACCAGCAGCUCAUUUUCUACCCAAGCCAUUGGAAGUUGCCAUGUACCGAGAACCAUCUUUGCAUGAUAUUGGAGAAACAGUGCCAAAGGCUGGGGUAACUCCAAGUAAAAGCACAAGUGCAUCUGCAAUAAUGAAUGGAGGCAAACCAGUGAACAAGAGCAAGACGACAUAGCCAGAUCCUCACAGGUGUUGUGACUUUACUGAGUCCCAAGUACAAGUUGAGUGAUUUAUCCUUGCCAGACUUCCCCUCAGCAGUGUCUGUGGAUCAGCUUGUGGCAAGUCACCAGCUUGCCCAUUCCUGUUUCUGAACUGAGUUGUUGCAAGUGGAUAAAUCUCAACAUGUAGCUCCACCACAAUGAGAAGACACCUGGUUGAACCAGCUAAACUCAGACCAUGGAAUGCCCUACCAGAUAUUGGAAUGCCUUUUUAAUAUCUUUUCUGUGACUGUGACACUUCAUGUGAAUGACAUACUUCACAAGUACACUUGAUACCUUGCCUGCUGACAAUUGCCCAUAAUCCCUUUUUGAGUCCAGUUUCAGCAAAAUCCAUGUGUUUAAGUUCUAUUUUGUAGCACACAAAUAAUCAAGUAAUUUCUAGUUAGAUGCUGUAAACCUGUGCUAUUAUGGAUUUCUCUUCUUCCCUUUUUUAUAAGGCUGCUCGCUCCACUGUUUGUGACCUUUUGCAGGGAUUGUGUUUCUCUAUAACUUAAGUGUUGCCGGUGGCUUAGUUUUGAAAGCAAUCAGGGAAUCAGGAAGCCUUCAAAAAUCUAUUAUUAAAAAUUAUAUCUAUAAAGAAUAGGAUCAUUGUCUCUGGCUUAAAAUAUUGAUUAAAUGUGAAUACUCUUUAGUAACAGAUACUGUGCUUCUGAGGUUGGCAUUAAAGUGGAGGGAAGAGUGCCAAACACAACCAAUGGGGAGUUUUCUGAAACGUGUGUUUGGCAUCCCCCUAUAGUUUCUUUUUGUGUGUGUGUUUUAUACAUAUCACAGGCUUACUGGUAAUGGUAACAUUUGCCUUGCCCAGCGAGCAAGACCCACUCAUUUUUGGAAAAGUGGGUCCAAAGAAUUUUGUAGGCCUUGUAGGUCUGAAUUAAGGCUCAUUUUUCAUCUACUAAAUCUUCAUUGUUUGAAAAACAACCACCACCAAUAAAAGAAAAAAAAAAGUAAGACUAAUCAGAAUUGCGCUACCUAAAUCCAUUUCAAAUAUAAUCCUUUCCUGUUUUUAAGGAACUGAACUUAAUGCCAUUGUUAUUUUUGGCUGAAUCCCACACCUACUUAGCAAAGCAUGGGCAAGGAUGUUGUUGUGUUCUUUUUUGCAGCACCAAUGCAAAGGGUAGUUACAAAUUAUAGUUUAAUAUUUCUGGUGUUUUAAAAAAAGACGUUUUAAAACUGGACAUAUUACAAAACUUUAUUUUUAUUUUUAGCUAAGCAUGCAAGUCCAGUCCUAUGUAUUUCACUGAUAUCCCAGUAUGUACCUCCACCCAGCUUCCUAGGAUAACAUGCCCACCAAAUUGCUAGAUUGAAGGUGCCUUGCCUUGAUCUCUAUAUACUGUACUUUCUCCUACAUGAACCUAGAAGAAAUCAAAAACAUAAAAUUGAAGCCUUGGAUCAUACUACCAGGAACAACAUCAACCCUUUGAGUUUGUCACUUGUGAACAAUUAAGCCAGUGUUGAGGGGGAUGAAGGAGGGCAGGGGAAAGAUUUAGAGAAUGCCAUAGAGAUGCCACUGAGGUUUUUGGACACUUAGUCACAGGCUUUCAGAAGAUGAAAAAUAUAGGCACUCUCUGUAUGCUUAAGAAGGAAUUUGUUUCUUAGAAAUGGCAGCAAAGUUCAAACUGUAUCUCAGACUGGAAAACUGUGUGGCAACACUCUCUUGGCCUCUUGCUGUUACCUUGAUAUUUUAAGACAAAAAGAGGAAUCCAUCCGUUCCUUUUUUAGCACUGUAUUUCUGGCAAAUUUUUUUAUCACAUCUUUGUGCUGAAGUCCCUGACAGGGACUUCUGAUUAUUUCAAACUCCCUGUCUGCUCAGCUGAACAGUCUCAUUCAGUCUGAAUGAACUCUACAUACUAGUUUUCAAAUGUGUUCUGUUUUUAUAAGCAACAUUUAGUGCACUCUUCAAGGAGGCUACUGUAAAGCUGCUAAAUUCUAGAUAAACUUUUUCUUUUUUCUGUAGGUCAGACUUCUUUUUAUAUGUCUGAUAUGAGAACAGCAAGAUAAUGCUUGAUGUUGGGUCUUUCUAGGGAGGGAAUGAGUUAAGCAUGAAGCCCUCUAUCCAUGUAGAGAAAAAAAAAUACAAACCUAAUCUAAAACUGUGAUAAAAAUGCAAAGCAACUUUGACUUAAGACUGUGCCCUUGCCUGCUAGCACAAAAUCUGAGUGCGCAGGGAAAACAACACUUUAUUAAAAACUUCGGUGUGCCCUUCUCGUCCCAUCUGGUCCAGUGGGAUUUGUGCACCAUCCCUGAGAAAACAAAAUCAAACCAAAGCAACUCAGAUGGCGAGCUGGGGGCUUGCUCUGCGCUGCAGGACCCAGGAGAGGCAGCAGCCUUGACGCUGCACUGGGGCUGGGUCCCGCCGCGGCCCCAGGCCUUCCUGCAGCUGUAAGAGGAGAACUUCACAAUAUUUCAAGUAAGAUAAAACAGCUGAAGGCUACAUUCUCUCUCACCUGAUUCAUGGGGAGGGAAUACACGACUUCAUGUCCCAUUCAGCUGUCUUCUUAUACACCCAGUGUAAGAGCCUGAGGAGAGACAGGGCUGGAGACCAGGCUGAGCCAUGAAAGGAGGAUCUGGUUCAUUGCCUGAUCCUAUUUAAACAUUGUUUUCAACAUUAAACUUUUGGUCCUGAGUAACUAUGAUCUGUGAACCACUAUGGGAGGCUAUAAUUAAGGGCAGAUUUAAUUUAUUUAAGCAGUUAGUACAUACUGGAAAUACAGCUUUUUUGCCUUUUUUUAAAAUUAUUGUUUUCUGGUUUUGUUUCUGUGGGCUAAAUUCAUAUGAGUGUUUAAUCCAAUGAUUUAAUGUUCUAAUUUUUUUUUCUACUAUCUGUUUAAACAUAACGCAGGUAUCUUUGUGCUUUGUUUCCUCCCUUUAAUUUUGUCUUGUCUCAUCUGUUGCAUGGGAAGAGUAUGACAAGGAUGAACUAACUGCAUGUUGUAGGUUGUGUCUGUCAAAGAACUGUUGGUCAGUGUUACAAAUUUACAUACAUAUAUGCAAAGAGUUUGUCUGCAUUGUAUAGUUUGUGUUUAUUCUUAUUUGUUGUAUACACAGAUUCAACAUGAUGAAUAAAACAUUUAUAUGAAGGCAUACUGGAAACCAACAGAACAGUUUAUGUAAGAAGUAGACUGUGCAAAGCAUCAUUUCACUGGCCACAGGAUGGUGAAACUUCAUGUAAAUAGGUUGGCAAACUCAGUUCUCCCCCUUUACCAUGCCAAAGAAAAUUUCAGCUCCUUAAUAUAAUACCUCUCUUGCUGUUCUCCAGGAUGAGACUUCACCAUUUUCUUCCCUCUAAAAUUAAUUUUGCUGUUAAGUGAAAGCUGUUUUCAACUGUCUGUUACUACUAAAGUACUGUAUAGUAAACCUGAUGGAAUCAAUUUGUAUUUACAGACUGGGGUUUUUGUACUUACAUGUGCAGCUGUCCGUGAAUCUGCAGCGUUCCAGGUCUUUUGCAUGCUUGCAUUGUAUUUUGUUCUUCUGGGUUUUCUCUAAUCUCUGAGAGACUGUUCACACUGAAAUCUAACCUCAUCUUGCCAUUUUAUAUGUUAACACUGCACAAAGUCAUUUGUCUUUUUUUGAUCUGUAUUUCAUCUACAGUUCUAUUUGGCAAAAUCUGUCAUUUGGCAAACACCUGCACAGUUUUAGAGAUCCACUUUUGAAGAGAUAUUAACUACUUCAACAAAGCACCAUUUUGCUGUACUUCAAAAAUUUUGUAAAUUCACAAGAAUCCUUAUGAGAUUGCUCACAUGAUAGAGCCUAUGGAAGGGUCUCUAGCUCCUUUUAAGUGCUUUGUAGUUCACAUAACAGCUUUUGCUUAAUUUUCUGGGUUUUUUUAGCCAUUCUCAAUUGAUUUUUUAAUGUACUGUCGUUUUCAUAAAUGUCAGUUCUUAAUAAACCCCUCCCAGGCCCUCCCCUUCACCAGAUAUAAAGUACAGCAAUUCACUUUGACUAUGGUUAUGUACCUGAAACAAUACUAAGAGCCCUGGCUUUACAUACAUGUAUAUGGGGAAACUUUUUGUCUUGGUUUAAAACUAGUUUAAGCAAUGAGGUAUGAAAGCAGCCAGUUUGGUCCAUGCAGUAAAAGCGUAUCAUGAUGACCCAUCUGUUUAUUGCUAUAAAGAUUACAUUAUUCAGCUACAUUCAAAUGGGAAUGGAAGCAAAAUUAGACUACAUAAGAAGGUUCUUUUUCUUUUAAAUGGCCCUUUAGAUAAAUUCAUAUUUCAUGCAAUGCAUUCUAAAAUGUUUAAUAACAGGGUUUGUUUUCUGUGAUGACUAAUGCAAAUGCUAUGACUUCUUUUUAAAGAUGUAAUAAAUUUUUUUUGUUCAAUUACUUAGUCACAGAAAUAUUCAACUUAGCUUCCUUCAUCCCAGUAUCUUUUAGCUGUAUCAUUUAGCUACAAAGUGAGAUGUCAUUCUGCAAAGAAGCAAGGACAAUAUAUCAGAAAAGUGAGAGCAGGUACAUGAUCAAAUGCAUCUAUGUGUUUCUAAGAAAGAAUAUAGCCAGUAGAAAAAAAAGGAUCACAAGCAGGUUAAUAAAUUAUAGAAGUAAAUUAAUCCACAGGUUUUUUUAUAGGUGAUCUUACAGAUAUGUUAUACACAAUAGGUGUAAUCCUGCAAGUCUAUUAUAGAAGCACUGGCACACUUCUGGAUUGUGUUCUUUCUCACAUAAGAAGAAAACAAGGCUAUAAUAUCUUUUUGUUUAUAAGAUUUAUCAAUCUAAUCAGUAAAAAGACCCCUUUUAUCCAAUUUGGUUUUGCCUUUUGCCACAGGCCUGGAAGCAGGUUUUUACAAUCACUAGCAAUGAAAAAUCAAGCAUUAAGUUUUACUUUCUUAUGCCUCUUCUUGCAUUUACAGUUUAUGUAUCUGGAAUUCCCAUCACAGGGAAUGACAUAAGGGAAAAAGAUAAAAAUUUAGUAGUACAACUAUUAUAUUCAAAUAUGUGGAAUAAUAAUCUUAGUCCUUCUGAUUUCAUUUUUCUAGAGAGGAAAUGAGCCACAAAACAGAUAUGCUGGGUGUCACAUCACCAGUUACCUCAGCAAUAAGAGCAGGAGAAAUAUUUAAGCAACAUUAUAGGAAACAAAAGAAAAAUUGGAAAAUAAUGUCUACAUUCCAUUCUUAGUAGUCUUAGUUAAUACUUUAAGGUUUAUAGUAAUAGCACCAUUUUGUUUGAUAAUUGCAUUUAAAGGAACCACGGAGAGUAGCUGUCUUAGAUAUUCUGAUUUUUUUCCAUAUGUAAGUUAAAAACAACUGGGAUAACCCUUUUUGAAAUGCUAUGGCUACAUAAUCCAUCCAGUAGUCAAAAAGGUUGGAGCUGAUUGGUAUUAAAAAUUCAAAGUAAAAAUUACUUUAUACUCUUGAAGUAUAUAAAUUUAAAAUUAAAGCAAGUGACAAAAAUGCAUCAAAUACAACACUGGAACCACCUAAAGAAUUGUUCUUUUAUAUAUGAAUGAGUACCUGAAAUACCAGAGCUGAUCUACAGUACAUAUAGAUGUUUUGAUGCUAUGAAAACAAGUCAAAGGCAUCUACUGACACCAGAACAGAGUUUUGAUUAUGUAGUAUUUUCUUAAUACAGUACUAAAUAUAAAUGGAAGGAAAGCAAGGAGAACUUUGUAUCCUUCGUUGUUUACAUUCUGAUUCAGCAGAAGAAUGUAUAUGCAAAAAACCAAGUGAUUAUGAGAUGAUUCAGGUCAGCGGUAUUCAUUAUUCAUAAAUAUAAAUAAAUGCAACAGUUUGUGCUCUCCAGACAGUAAGGUUGGCAAAAUGCAUAUAUGCUAAAACUUAAGAAAAUAUUCCUGUUGAGCUCCAUGGAGUUUUAGGGUUUUAAGUAUAAAAUAUCAAUUACAAUUUGAAGAUGAAUUUUACUUUGAGAGUUCUUUAUGCAUUAUGAAUACAGUUUAGAACUCUGCCUGAUACUUUGGUUAUCUGGCAAGAGAGUAGCUAGCAGCUUUGGGAUGUAUGUCUAGUUAUUUAUCUGCACAGCUUAUGUAUAAGUUGGAUGUUUGGUAGUGGUACUCCCUGAGAAUAUGGGCUUCACAAACUUCAUUUUUAGAAAGAAUAGAGGUUAAGAGGAAAAAAAAAAGUGGUAGUUAAAGAGCAAGCUAUAUGGGAUGGGGGAAUAAUAAAGCAGUUAAAUAAAUUAAUUUGAAACUUUGCAUUCUAUCCCAUGUACCAUUGUAUUUUCCUAUUUCUAAACUGUCCUUUCUAAAAGAAAUGUAAUUUCUAGAGUAAUAAUGGAAAUACUUUUUUUUUUUUUGUUAAUACAUAGUUUCAUUAUUUCUGAGUCAUGCACCUCUUCAAAAAUCAGGACCUUGGCACCUAAACUACAAUGUUAAAGUUUGGUACCUAAAAGAAGUAUUUUUGAGCCAUUUAAUCAAUUUCUUGCUCAAUCAUGGUUUCACAAAAUGUAAACACUUUUGAAACUAAAAUGUAUAUUUCAUUUUUUUUGCUCUAAAGAAUUCAAGGGCUGCCAAAUCUACAUGUACAAAAAAAAUAAGAGACUCGUAUGUAAAUAAGUUAGGGAAGUCCCAAUAGUUGUGCAUCGUUCAUAACUCAAUGUGAAUUUCACACUGAGCAGCAUUUCACCAUUGGAAAAUAAAAAUAAAAUUUUUGUUCAUACCA